CACAAAUACACGAACUGACACAAGCACGUGUGUGUAGUGAGCGAGAGUCAAAAUAACACGAUUGCGGUUGUAUAGUUUAUUAUUUUAUGGUCCAAAAGCAUAAUUCAAUCAUGGCAUCUGAUCAUGAAUUAUCACCAUCUCCAGGCAAAAAGAGACGAAGAAAAAAUAAUUCAAUCACGGAAUCUGGAGACGAGCUAUCACCGUCAUCACCACCGGUAAAGAAACGAAAAGAAAAUGGUACAGAAGGUGAAAAGUAUUUGUCUAAGGAAGAAAUAAAUACAGAUUCUGAAUCUGAAGAAAGUCAUGCUGCGGCACCGGUGAGAAGGGUGCAAAAACCUAUGAAACUUGACGAUAUACUAAAAGAUAUCGACGAUAUUAGUGAGCCAUCUUGUAUGGAUAGAAUACUUAUGUAUUUAGGGGAACUGAAUGACGAGGACUAUUUCUUCAUGGAGACACUAGUAUAUAAAUUGCACGGAGAAAAAAUUACAUGGGAACAACCCUGGUAUCAACAAUCUAACUCACUCUCUAGGCCACUUAAAGAUAAUAAUAAUGAAAGUGCACAGCAACCGUAUAGGACAGACACAAUAUGUAAAGCUGAAUCAGAGAAGAUUCAAGAGAAUUGGGAUGAAUUCAGAAGGCUGUAUGGAGUUCCGGAUAAAUUAAUUUGCUUGGCUCGUUGGAAAAACAAAGAUAAAAGUCGACUACCAAAUACACCUGUUGAAUUAGCAAGACGUUUUGUUGUUGCUUACUUGGCCCGUGGACUGGAAAGAACAAUUUAUCAAGUAUUCAGACAUAUUAUGACUUAUUUCGGAGGCUCCAAUAAAGGCCCUUACUCUGAUGUUGAAGAAAAAAUCAUGAAAGUUUGCUUUACGCACCAUCCCAACAACUCUGUAACAUUGUUGUCUAGGGUUCUAUGCAGAGAGCCUAGAGGAAUAUACAAGAGAUUAGAGCAAUUGUUUCAGGGAAAACCAGAAAAGAAGAAAGUAAAAUGGACUCUACCGCUAGCUACUAAACUUCUUAGGUUACUCCUAAAAUAUACAGAAUUACCUCUUGAAGAUUUAAAGUACAGAAAAAUUGAUAAAUCUGUUUGGUUGAAAAUUGAAAAGAAAUUUGAUCAUCAUUAUAUUCACAUACAAGCAUUUUGGUAUGCAUAUCUUCAUGUUCAAAUAUUCGUCAAAGAGACUUUGAAAAUAAACAAAUUGAGGAGACAGGUAUUCAAAAGAUUAAAGUCCUCAUCUUAUGAAGUUUGGACUGACAUUCGAUGGAAAGAUUUAGUGAAGCAAUUUCCAGAUGGAAUGACACAUAGGUUUCUAUAUGCAGUAUCUCGACUAGUGGUUUGCAAAAUACCUGGGUAUUUAAAAAAACCUCUACCUGAUAUUGCGGAUCGCGCCUUAGUUAAACUCCAGGCAAAAAAGUUUCGUAAGCGUCGUCUCAGAACACUACAAUUAAACGAAAAUGGAGAACUAGAAGAGAUUAAGUACAGUUGAGACAAAGGUUACUAAUAAAUAUUAAUUUGUUUGUUAAUUUAA